GUGGUUUAAUCGGGGCUCAAAGCAGGAGACGGGACAGGAAUGAGAGGAUGGAUGCUGGCAAGAGCUUGGAAAUCUGCUUUCAAAUCUGGACUCGUCCCAGCAGGGGGAAAAGGCGAGAGCUCCGGGACAGGGUGGAGACGGCCGAUGGGGAACCUUCCGCGGCCCUGGAGAGAGUCGGCAGCGCGCGGAGGCAGGCAGGAGUUGGGGAGCGGGAACUAACUUGGCGUGGAGGGAGGCGCCGCACGCCGCAGCCGUUCAGGUUUCGCGUCUUUCCAGCGCCCACAUGGGCCGCGGGCUUGGGGAAGGGGGCGGGGGAGAGGGAGGGCAGUCUGCAGGGCUCGGUGCGACCGCCCGUGAGCGCCGAGGCCAGGACCCCGCGCCCCGCGCCGUCCCCGGCGGCUCCUCCACGGGGAUUUCUCUCCAAGGCGUCAGCGCCCGCCCAAGUCCCGGGCGCCGCUUUGCCGCUUCCUCCCCGCGGCGAUCGGCUUCGGGUCCCCCGGCUCGGCCCGGCGCGCCCCGAGCGCAGCCCCCGGAAGUGCGCGCCGGCGGCCCCGGCGAAGCCUGGUUUCGGAGAGCGGGUUCUGCCCAAAUCUCGGCGCCUCGCUCCUCCUCCGCCUCGGGAGCGUGGGCUGAGCGGGCCGGCCCGCGGCAGUGACUGCCUUUGA